AUGAAGUUGAAGGGUUUAGAAGGGGGGCUCCUCCUGAUACUCACCGCCGGCGCUGGGCUUUUCGUCGAAGGGUUCGAGUAUAAGAAUUUGAAACCGCUAGUAGAAGGCAAAAGUUUAUACUCACCUGGACCACCAGAAAUUGAUAAUCAGAUACAAAUUCGGCCUCUUUUUGGGGCAGUACACGGGAAAUGUUACAAUAUAACCGGCGAAACUUUCAAGGGCGAGACAGUACUAAAAAGGUAUCAACACUCGGACUUGAGAGCGCUUUCUGAAGGAUUCAAUGAAGCCGCCCGCAGCUUGUCUGACACUCAAACGUUAUAUACUACGACCCCGAAUUGUCCAAUAUCAUUCUGCGUGAAAGAUAGCCCGUGGAACUACAAAUUUUGUGUCAGGCCUGGUAUAGAGGAUCUAAGAGAUAUUAGGUUCUACAGAAGUGAAAUAGCCCGUGGGAGUACUUGGAUUACAUGGCUUUUCAUGGAUUAUGUAGAGGGGGUGGCUUGCGAAGUAUUACCUCCCCUACCUCGAAAAUCGGAUUCCGAACCUAUUCUCUUCGCGAGUAUGGGCUAUCAAAAGAAUUUUACGGUUCCACGUAAUAAGAACCCAGAGCUGCUUCCGUGGGAACUUCAACUAUGGUAUGGUGGUUGCAGUCUACAGGAGAUACGGGCUGCGAAGUUAAAACCUUACCCUCCUGGAUACGUAUCCCCUUCGAAUUCAUCCGCUUUACCUACAUGGCUAUCAGAUUCUCCGAAGACAUCAGUCAGACCCUCGACAUCCACUAGGAUUUAUAAUUCUUCGACGGCUACAGUAUCAUCUACAAUGGAGAUCACACCGACAAGCCUACCCGAGCUUAACGAUAUCGAUUCGGAUGCACCCUCGACAAUAGUAUGGAAACAUGUAUAUGAAGCCGAGUCGGGAAUUUUGUAUAAAAGAGACCAUGAUGUUCCGUUGGACGACCGCGGUUGGUUUAUGAGAUGUCACGUCGACCCACUAUCCAUGCCCUUCCAACAAAACGCCACUCUUGCUACCAUAUCGAACAUAAAAGAAAGUAUUAGAACCGGAUCGAUCCAGCCGGUCUUUGACUACCAGCCUCACCCAGAAAACGGCUGCCGACAACAUUACUGUGACCCUUCUACAAACGUCAAAGUCUCGUUAUGUGGCGAAGCGUCCGUAAUCCUUCAGGGGAAUUUAUACUUAAAUGAAUUGAUCGAAAAGACUUUACACGGAUUAGUAGAAGAACCCUGUUAUGAAGGACGUAAUAUCACAUCAAAUCCAAGGUUCUAUAGGAUCUCACAUCUCCACUGGAUUGGGAAACCACCUCGUCUGGAUAUUUUAGGUCCUCAAGUUAUGAUUGGUCAGCUCGAAGCGGGGAUGUCAUGCGAUGCCUUCUUUUCUAAGCUUCAAUUGGUGGAGACAUCACUUUCCCCUUUGCCUUUGAUGCCGUCGAAUUCAUCAUCGAUCCUUUCCAUCAAACCUAUGACUACCACUUAUCAUACGGCGCCAUUGCAACCGUUGUCGACUCUUUCGGUGCACAUGGCCAAUCCUGACAUGAUAAUAAAUACGGACACAGCGCUUCCAACUUACAUACCGCCAAUGCCCAAUGUCAUACAGACAUCCAAAAAAAAGACGGUCAAAGAAUUCCCUUACUAUCUCAAAGACUUUGCAAAAACCGGCAAAGGAGGAAACUCGCUUUGGUUAUUUAAUGAGACAGAAAAAACUGGGGGACUUGAUCCUAAUGGUACAAUCAAGUUGCAAAAAGGAUUAUACAAAAAUAUGGCGGACAAGAAGUUUGAGACAUUCGAGAAUUUCCCUGAUUUUAUUGUAGAGUUGCCGGCCGAUAGGGAAGCCUACGAGGGGGACUGUACUCAUUACUACUGUGAUGAUGCUUCCAAGGCGUUGAUUUCCAUGUGUGGCAAAUGGUGGAAUGGUCUUCCGGCUCCUUACGCAGAUACUGUACCACCAUCUUAUAAUGUUAAUGCCGGCAGACUCAUAGCAAAGAGUCGAUGGCUAACGUACUUUUGCAAUGCAGUUGGACAAGAAAACACCGAGUGGACCAAUACUUGUGAUAUCCACGAUUACAGCCCAGAGUAUCAACUCGAGCAGUCCAAAAUACCUCUUGAUCAAAGGAGGCCGUACCCUUUCACUCGAGGUUUGGUAAAGGAAUUCUCUCCUGAAGACGGAAUGAUAGGACCCGCGGCGUUCAGGGUUGAGCAUCUUUCACUUCAUGGUGUUGAUAAUUGUUACGAUUGGAAUCAAACAUUAUUCUUACCAAUCAACUGGUGGAUGAAGCCUGAUCUAAAAAUACUUUACGAUAGUGGAAAGAGGUAUGAGAAUAUCGGGAAUAGCACUUCUAUAUCUAUAUCGACGCCCACGACUAGCCUCGUUCCUUCUCAAACCUCAGGCAUCACUGUAUCGGUUACAAUGUCAAACGAGGCUUCGUCAACCCUAGUAUCAAUGAUUUUGCCGAUUGAUACGAUGCCUGAUAUCCCGGGAAUAACAAGUGAAGUAGCAAGUCUAGAAACCCCAGCCUCUAGCUCGUCGAUAUGGGUUUUAGAACCACCACCAACACCUGUCGGUCCAGACCGACCCGACCCCACAGAAAAACCCCAACCUGAGGACCCAAAAAAAUUUCGGGUUAUAGCUUAG